GCAGAUGAACGCUAGUGUACAAGUUACUGUCUUUGAUCUCUACCGUCAGGAGUGUAGGAAUAAAACUAAAAAAUGAAAUUCGCAGUAUCUUCUGAACCGUUGUUUAAAUCAGCCCACAAUGAGAUAAAAAUGCCGGUCAAUCGUAGCAGAAGUUCAAACUUGUCAUCAGAAGAUAAACCAUUAGUUUGGGUUGAUUUAGAAAUGACGGGUUUAGACAUGAAUAAUGAUCAUAUCCUUGAAAUUGCUAUCAUAAUCACAGAUGGUGAACUCAACAAGGUUGACGAUGGUAUUUCCUUGAUAGUUAAGAGACCGAAAACUGUACUCGAUAAUAUGAACGAAUGGUGUAUUAGCACACACGGUUUAUCUGGCUUGACAAAGCAGGUGCUUACUAGCCCAUUCAGCCAUCAAACAGUUAGCAAAGUCGCUUAUGAAUACAUAAAGCGAUGGAUACCCGACCCACGCAUCUCUGUCAUUGCUGGUAAUACCGUUCACAUGGACCUUCGUUUCUUAGAAAUGGAUGCUCAUAAAGAAGGAUGGUCACGAAUAGCGUCACAUUUGGGAUACAGGGUGGUUGAUGUUUCAUCAUUCAAAGAAAUUGCAGCGCGGUGGUAUCCUACACUGCCAUUGAAGUCUAAGAAAACGUCUAAGCAUCGCGCAUUAGACGACGUACAAGCUAGUAUCGAUGAACUCAAAUAUUACCGACAAUCGAUCUUCAAACCAACCGAACGCAGCGUCGACGUUGUAACUGCAGGUAUACUCUAAUAAGAAACCUAUAUGACGAAUUGUAAUAUAUUCCUGUAUGAAUAUCAAGUUACUCCUUU